GGCCGCCCCCGGAGUGGCUGCAGCAGCGCCAGGAGUCGAGGAUGGUAAAAUGACCCAGGGGAAGAAGAAGAAACGGGCCGCGAACCGCAGUAUCAUGCUGGCCAAGAAGAUCAUCAUUAAGGACGGAGGCACGCCUCAAGGAAUAGGUUCUCCUAGUGUUUAUCAUGCGGUUAUCGUCAUCUUUUUGGAGUUUUUUGCUUGGGGACUAUUGACAGCACCCACCUUGGUGGUAUUACAUGAAACCUUCCCAAAACAUACAUUUCUGAUGAAUGGAUUAAUUCAAGGAGUAAAGGGUUUGUUGUCAUUCCUCAGUGCCCCACUUAUUGGUGCUCUUUCUGAUGUUUGGGGCCGAAAAUCCUUCUUGCUGCUAACAGUAUUUUUCACAUGUGCCCCAAUUCCUUUAAUGAAGAUCAGCCCAUGGUGGUACUUUGCUGUUAUCUCUGUUUCUGGGGUUUUUGCAGUUACUUUCUCUGUGGUAUUUGCGUAUGUAGCAGAUAUAACUCAAGAGCAUGAAAGAAGUAUGGCUUAUGGAUUGGUUUCAGCAACAUUUGCUGCAAGUCUAGUCACCAGCCCUGCGAUUGGGGCUUACCUCGGACGAGUGUAUGGAGACAGCUUAGUGGUGGUCCUAGCUACAGCCAUAGCUUUGCUAGAUAUUUGUUUUAUUCUUGUUGCUGUGCCUGAGUCAUUGCCUGAAAAGAUGCGACCAGCAUCGUGGGGAGCGCCCAUUUCCUGGGAACAAGCUGACCCUUUUGCAUCCUUAAAAAAAGUGGGCCAAGAUUCGAUAGUACUGCUCAUCUGCAUUACGGUGUUUCUCUCCUACGUACCAGAAGCAGGCCAAUAUUCCAGCUUUUUUUUAUACCUCAGACAGAUCAUGAAAUUUUCACCAGAAAGUGUCGCAGCGUUCAUAGCAGUCCUUGGCGUUCUUUCCAUUAUUGCACAGACCAUAGUCCUGAGUUUUCUUAUGAGGUCAAUUGGAAAUAAGAACACCAUUUUAUUGGGUUUGGGAUUUCAAAUAUUACAGCUGGCAUGGUAUGGAUUUGGUUCAGAACCUUGGAUGAUGUGGGCUGCUGGGGCCGUAGCAGCCAUGUCUAGCAUUACCUUUCCAGCUGUUAGUGCACUGGUUUCACGAACGGCUGAUGCUGACCAACAGGGUGUUGUUCAAGGAAUGAUAACAGGAAUUCGAGGAUUGUGCAAUGGCUUGGGGCCAGCCCUUUAUGGAUUCAUUUUCUACAUAUUCCACGUGGAACUUAAAGAACUGCCAAUAACAGGAACAGACUUGGGGACAAACACAAGCCCUCAGCACCAUUUUGAACAGAAUUCCAUCAUCCCCGGGCCUCCCUUCCUUUUUGGAGCCUGCUCGGUACUGCUGGCUCUGCUUGUCGCCUUGUUUAUUCCGGAACAUACCAAUUUAAGCUUACGGUCCAGCAGUUGGAGAAAGCACUGUGGCAGUCACAGCCAUCCACAUGGUACACAAGCGCCGGGAGAGGCCAAAGAACCUUUACUCCAGGAUACAAAUGUGUGAUGACUGAAAUCAGGAAGAUGUUUCUGUCAGCACCCAGGUCUUAGUUUUCACUUGUAGUUCUGGAUGUACACUCCAUUCCCAUCUGCAGGUACUUUAAGAUUAUCUCAAGAAAUGUAUUUGCGUGAACUCCGUGGGAACUAAAGAAAGAACCGGACAGUUUUCCAAAGAUAUUACAGUUUCUUUUGAAAAGAAACCUUUUGUUUAUUAGCACCAGUUUCUUGCCACUAAACUGUUUUAUUACACAUCCUUUAAUUAAAAACUGUAUAUGUAACUUCCUAGAUAUUAGCAUAUAUUUCUCUGCUACCAUUUCCUUAUGGUGUUGAGCUUUAACUCUAUGCUCUCAGUGAGACUGAAUAGGUAUUAGGAUUGUGGACCUGUUCAUUUUUAACAUUGUAAAAUCCCGAGUCCGAUUUUUAAUAUUGUAAAAUCUUGGGUUAAAUAAUUCAAAGCCUUAAUGCAGAUGCACUAAAAUAAAUGGUAAAUGAAUUGUUUGCAUUAAAAAAAAAUUAAGAAAAUUGUACUAAAUCUGAAUCAUGCUUCAAGCUUGUUUGCAGUAAUUUUAUUUUACAAAUCUGUUUUUGAAGUGAGAAAAUAUCAGCCAUUUAGAGUUUAAAUUAGGAUGGUGAGAGCCUGUAAAUAAAUGCAGGCUCAAAUUUGUUUCCGAGUCACUACUGUAUACCACUGUCUUUUUGUUUGCGUAAUCAUCAGAACCUCAACACUUGAAUACAUAAUCUAAAAAUUAUAUUAGUAAAGCUGGUAGCCUUGAAAAUAUCAAUGGGAUAUCUAUAUGUAGAUAAAUAUAUAUAGUGGCCUUUCAGGACUGUCACAGUAACACUUUAUUUACAGAGCUAAUGUUUAUCCUAAAUUUUCAGGACCCUAGGAGAGCUUUAUACAAUUACUGAUGUGAAUUUCUCUAAAGUGUAUAUUUUUGUGUCCAGUUAUAUUAUUUAAAAAAAAGUGUUACUUUGUAAAAAAUGUACAUAAAGUUUAUUGUAUAGUUUACACUGUUUUCAUCUUGUGUGUGGUUAUUGCCUAAUGCUUUUUAAACUUGCAACACU